AUGGCGCAGUUGCCCUCCAUCGCUAUACUCGAUCCCGAUUCGAAAACUCUGCUCAACAGGCUCAACAUUCGCCUGAACGAGAUCGACUUGAAGCUUAGCAUCGUACUCGAGUUACUCGCUACGCGACUGCCAGACCAAAGACUCACUAGUAUAUUGGCAUCUCCACCUCAAACUCUCAUUUCUGAAGCUUCUCCACAAAGUUUUACUGCUAUGGCGGGCAAUUCAACUUCAGAUAAAACUACGUCACCAAAGAUGGAAUGCAAAGACGAUUCAGACGGGGAUCUCGACAUGGAAGGUGAUAAUGAAAAUGAUGCGGAAGAAGAUUUUUGCGAACAGGAUCAAGCAUCGAACGCCGCAUCCAGAGAGCAAGAUGCCAAACCGUCAUUUUCUGACGGUCCAUUCCCGGAAGGAGCAGUGAAGAGGGCGGCUGAGAAGGCCGCUAGAAGCUUUCAAAGCACACAACCAAAGGUUUUCGCGUGGCAGAUUCUUCGCGAAUCGGUGACGGACGAGGAGCUUCGCAAUGUGCAGAUCAGCUUACGUACAUUCCAUGGAGAGACGGCAUCUCACCUGCUCACCAGGCAGCUCCCUAAGAUUCGACUUGUGGUCGAGGCCACGAUGAAGUAUUUCAAGUGGGACUCACUUCCAGAGGAAAGUCAACUGAGCAAGGCAAAGCUCAUACUCAGUCAUUUGAAAAACAACGCCAAAGUUCGCAACUGGACGCUGCGUGAGGGCAGACCAAAUAGAGUGGCGACCAGCACGGCGAACAUGGACGUGAUGUGGAAAAGGUACGCGACCCUGCUCGGGCCCGGUGGACUGGCCGCUGCUGGCCUCCUGCCCGUCCUGCCCUCGCUGGGCGCACAACACUUGUGA